GUGCACAUGUCUCCACUGUGCCCUGAGCCUCCAUGAUCAUUUCGGGUGAGACUGUGACAGCUCCUGCUCUGCGGAGGCGUCUCUCAGGCUUCAGCUGCAGAGUGUAAGUUCUUUAUGCAUUAGGUCUGGGACUCUUUUCUUUCCACCACGAUGGCUUCGAGCUCCUUCAACAUCGACGCUCCUCGAUGGGAUCAGUCCACAUUUAUGGGCCGACUGAAAUACUUCUUCAACGUCACCGACUGUCGAACCGCUCUGCUACCUGACUCGCAAUUGGACGAAGCAAAAGCUCUAGUAGAAAGCUGCAGGGCAGGAUCCGUCCCUCCCGGCACGAGUGAGGAGCAGCUCCACUUUGCUAAGAAGCUGUACGACUCGGCCUUCCACCCAGACACAGGAGACCGCAUGAACAUCAUCGGCCGCAUGUCCUUCCAGGUGCCCGGAGGCAUGGCCAUCACCGGCUGCAUGCUGCAGUUCUACAGGACAGUUCCUGCCGUGGUGUUCUGGCAGUGGGUGAAUCAGUCUUUUAACGCUCUGGUCAACUACACCAACCGCAACGCUGCCUCCCCAACCACUCCCAAGCAGAUUGGAGUCGCCUACAUCACAGCGACCAGCACAGCGUUGGCAACAGCAGUCGGACUCAACCUCUACACAAAGAAAGCUCCUCCUCUCGUGGCUCGCUGGGUUCCCUUUGCAGCGGUGGCAGCAGCCAACUGUGUUAAUGUUCCUAUGAUGAGGCAACAGGAGUUUCUGAAUGGCAUCGCUGUCACAGAUGAAGAUGGGAACAAACUGGGCCAGUCUACAAAAGCUGCAACAAAAGGCAUCACGCAGGUGGUCAUCUCUCGGAUCACCAUGGCUGCACCAGGAAUGAUUAUUCUCCCCAUCAUCAUGCAGAGGAUGGAAAAGUACAAGUUCAUGCAGAGAAUCACGUAUCUCCACGGACCAAUUCAAGUGACGCUGGUGGGCGCGUUUUUAAUCUUCAUGGUGCCGGCUGCCUGCUCCCUGUUUCCUCAGAGAUGCUCCAUGGCCGUGUCCAAGCUGGAGCCGGAGCUGAGAGACUCCAUCGUGUCCCAAUACGGAGACAAAGUACAACGAGUCUACUUCAACAAAGGCCUCUGAGGCUGAGAGCGCUGAUCACAGUUAACUACACACAAGACCGGAUAAAUGCUGUUUGUGUUUAUGUCAUUUGUCUUCAGUUUUAUUAAAUGACGCCGAUUAGUUUCCAUGUCCUCAAACCGGUGCUAAUCUGUGGGAUUUGGGAUCAAUCCUGUCUUUUUUCAGAGCCUUAAUGAUUUCUGUUUUCUUACAUUACACAUGACGGAUGUGUGGGGCACAGUGAACUUCUGUCCAGAAACCAAAUGAUCUCAUCCUCUCAGGAACAGCACAUUGCUUUUCCAGAUUAAAAUCUCUCUGUUGGUUA